CUUUGAGGGGGGUGUGUGUACGGUCUUCACCGUAUAGGAAUACAACCUUGUUUCUCAUGUACUUGCGAACCUUAAAUUUCAAUUUUUCCAUAAAGUAGAAGAAUCAAAGAUCAAUACGUCCUCUCUCAAACAUCGAAUCGAUUCUCCGAUUCGUUUUCCGAACCCAUGUCGCAUUCCCUAAAAUCCUCACGAAAAAUAUUUUCCAGGAAUCUAUAAAUCCGAUCUCUCUCUUUUCGCUUGCAUGGCCGGUCAAAUCAUGACCCUUGUCAGAUCUCUGGUCCCAAAUCAGACGAAGCGGAUCAUAUCUGGCAAUCAGGCUUCUGUUCUUGUUCGACUAAUCUGUGGAGUUUCUUAACUGAUUCUUGAUUUGUUUUGGUCAGAUUCUUGAUUUGUUUGCGGGUUCGCACGACACUGUGUGUAAUUUGAUUCAGUCCUGGUCAUUUAUUUGUAAUGCAAUCCACUGAGACGGAGGAAAGGAAGAACUUGAAGCGUUCAAGAUCGUUCCCUCGCGAGAUGCCAGUUACCGAUACCACUGUUUCAAAGAAUCUUGACGAUUGCAUUCUUUUUCCUGUUGAAGAGAUAGUGCAGUAUCCAUUGCCCGGUUAUGGUGCACCGAAUUCCAUCAGUUUCAGUCCUGAUGAUAGUUUGAUAACCUAUUUGUUUAGUCCUGAUUACAGUUUGAAUAGGAAAGUGUUCACAUUUGAUCUCAAAACAUGUAAGCACGAGUUGUUUUUCAGCCCUCCUGAUGGUGGGCUUGAUGAGAGUAACAUAUCGGCAGAAGAGAAGCUGAGGAGGGAGAGGUUGAGGGAGCGUGGGCUUGGGGUAACACGGUAUGAAUGGGUGAAGAUGAACUCGAAGAAGAAGACAAUCAUGGUGCCAUUGCCUGCUGGGAUUUAUUUUCAAGAUCUUUCUUUACAACCAGAGCUUAAGCUUAUAAGUGCAUCGUGCUCUCCAAUUGUUGAUCCACAUCUUUCACCUGAUGGUACCAUGCUUGCUUAUGUGAAGAAUUAUGAGUUGCAUGUGUUAAACCUGUUGUACAACGAGUCAAAGCAGUUGACAUUUGGCGCUGACGGAAAUGUUUUGGUUCAUGGUCUUGCUGAAUACAUAGCCCAGGAAGAGAUGGAUCGAAAGAAUGGAUAUUGGUGGUCUCUGGACAGCAAAUUUAUAGCAUUCACAGAAGUUGAUUCAUCUGAGAUACCACUAUUUAGAAUCAUGCACCAGGGUAAAAGUACAGUUGGUCCUGAGGCCCAGGAAGACCAUGCUUAUCCCUUUGCAGGGGCUUCAAAUGUCAAGGUCCGCCUUGGGGUGAUUUGUUCCACUGGAGGACCUGUAACUUGGAUGGAUCUUCACUGUGGAGAAAAGGAUCAAACAAAUAAUGAUGAGGAAUAUUUGGCAAGAGUAAAUUGGAUGCAUGGAAAUAUUCUUAUUGCUCAGGUUUUGAACAGAUCACAUUCUAAACUUACAAUCCUCAGGUUUGAUAUCAAAACUGGUCAAAGAAAAGUUAUAAUGGUCGAAGAACUAGACACGUGGAUUAAUCUGCAUGAUUGUUUCACUCCUUUAGACAAAGGACUCACCAAAUUAUCUGGGGGGUUUAUUUGGGCCAGUGAGAGAACUGGAUUCAGACACCUUUAUCUGCAUGAUACGAAUGGAGCUUGCUUGGGACCUUUAACCGAAGGUGAUUGGAUGGUUGAGCAAAUUACUGGUGUAAAUGAGGCUGCAGGAUUUGUAUAUUUCACUGGCACUCGAGACGGGCCUUUGGAAUCUCAUCUUUAUUGUGCUGAAUUGUUCCCAGAUGGGAGCGAUCCCCUGCAGGCGCCGCAGAGAUUGACUAAUGGGAAAGGAAGACACAUAGUUGUUCUUGAUCAUCAAAUGCAGAGAUUUGUGGAUAUUCAUGAUUCCUUGGAUUCUCCACCUAGAAUUUUGAUUUGCUCUUUGCAGGAUGGAAGCUUAAUAAUGCCUCUGUACGAACAACCGUUCACAAUUCCAAGAUUCAAAAGGCUUCAACUUGAGCCUCCAGAGAUUUUUCAAAUUCAAGCAAAUGAUGGGACUAUUUUAUAUGGGGCAUUAUACAAACCUAAUGUAACAAAGUUUGGACCUCCACCAUACAAAACCUUGAUUAAUGUAUAUGGUGGUCCAAGUGUGCAGCUUGUUUGUGAUUCUUGGACAAACACUGUUGAUAUGAGAGCUCAGUAUCUCAGGAGCAAAGGCAUCUUAGUAUGGAAGUUAGAUAACAGAGGAACUGCUCGUCGUGGGCUUAAGUUUGAAGGCUCACUCAAGUACAACUUUGGUCACAUUGAUGCUGGGGAUCAGGUGAUUGGAGCUGAAUGGCUCAUCAAGCAAGGGCUAGCAAAAGUUGGCCAUAUUGGCUUGUAUGGAUGGAGCUAUGGUGGAUAUCUCUCAGCCAUGAGUUUAGCCAGGUUUCCUGACAUCUUCAGCUGUGCUGUUUCUGGGGCCCCUGUUACAUCAUGGGACGGGUAUGACACAUUUUACACAGAAAAGUAUAUGGGUUUGCCCUCUGAGAAUAGAGAAGGUUACAAGUUGAGCUCAGUGAUGCACCAUGUGGACAAGAUCAAAGGGAAGUUGUUACUCGUGCAUGGCAUGAUUGAUGAAAACGUGCAUUUUAGACACACUGCAAGGCUUGUGAAUGCACUUGUGGCAACUGGAAAGCCUUAUGAAUUGUUAAUUUUCCCCGAUGAGCGUCACAUGCCUCGCCGGCUCCAGGACCGAAUUUACAUGGAGGAGAGAGUUUGGGACUUCAUAGAGAAGAAUUUGUGAAUGAUCUUUGCUACUCUGGUUUGUUUCGCUUUGUUGUUGUUGAGGCUGAAAAGUUUAUUAGGGCUCAUUAUUUUGAGCAGAGAGUAUUAAACUUUCCAUCUUAAGUUUUUGCAUUUUCUAUGAUAAAACAGGAAGGUUGUCCUUGUAACACGUUGACCCCUUUUGAUGUGCGCUCUUGAAACUUGUUGAAUUAUGCAGUUGGUGCCUAUGUAUCAACACUGAACUAGUGUACAAAAAUCAAGAUGAAUUGGUUUUGUUAGUGAGAGUCCAAUGUGUUCACCAUA